AUGGCUGUAGACUUUGGAGACCAUGCUAGCGGUUUCCGCCACAGGGAGGUGAUCAGAUUUAUCAACAAUGAAGUCCUCAAGAACGGCGGCGGCCUAGACUUCUACCUGGCCUUCCGCUCGCGGCCCUGGAACGAGGUAGAGGACCAGCUUCGGGCCAUUUUGACCGAUCCUCAGGUGCCGCGCUCCCUCAAGAGGGUCUGCACCUGGAGCGGCCUGGCGCUGAGCGUGCGCUUGGCCGCAAGGCAACAGGAGCAGCAGUCGUGCCAGAUCCAGCAGCUGCAGCAGCAGGUGGAAGAGCGCGAAGCGGCCACCUGGGCUCUGGCCACCCAGCUGCAGCAGCUGCGUGUGGAGCGCCAAGAGUCUUCCCAGCAGCUGCACGUCAUGCAGGCCGCCCUUCAGCAGGCAAAGGAUGAGAGUGACAUGCUGCGCAGGAAGCUGCUCCAGGCCGAGGGGUCUUCCCAGCCCGACCUGCUGUCUCAAGAGGUUGGACCUGCUCCCGGAGCCGAACAGUGCGGGGCUGAAGCACAGCCCCUGGGUGUAGAGGAACAGAGGGAGGCUGUGUCCAUAGGGGCGCAGGAUAUGCCACAUGUGGAGGCCCAGAUGGCAGACCCAGCAACUGUGGUUUACGUGCCAGGACUCCCAAGUCCCUGGGCCCAGGCCAUGCAGCCACCUGUGCCAAUGCCAGUGCUACAGCCAUUCCCAUCCCAUGUGCCAUUCUCAAUGGGGUUCCCAUACCCGGAACCUCUAACAUGCACAGUAGUCAAGGAGCCAGCAGCAGCAGCAGCAGCAGCAGAAGCAGCAGUUGCACAACAGAUGCCUCCUGCAGUGAUCUACGCACCUAGCCUGUGUGCUGCAGUGGAGUCCCAGGAGGAGAUGGUACCUCUGUGUGACCAGAAAUGCCAUGGCCAGGAAAAAUAUUCUCAUAACCUCCAAGGGGAAUGUUACUACAACCAAGAAGAAUGUCCUGAUAACCUCCAGGGAAGAUGUCACCUGGGGAACAGCAGAAGCCACAGCCAAGAGGAAGGUCCUGAGUGUCUCCAGGGAAUGACCUCCCUGGGUGACAACAGCAGCCACAGCCAGGAAGAAGGUAUGGAGAGGCCCCAGGGGACGGCCCCCUUGGGGGACAGCAGCAGCAACAGCCAGGAGAAAGAUCCAGUGACACCUCGGGAGACAUCCUCCCUGGAGGACAGCAGCAGCGACAGCCAAGAAGAAGAUCCAGAGAAGCCCAAGGCAAACCUCCUGAGGAAAAGGAGUGAUGGUGUAAAAAAGAAAUCAGAGAAACAGCAGCCUCAGGGACAGAAAGCAAAGCAACCAAAAGGAAGAAAAGCCUCAAAAUCGCAGCAACAGAAGGCUGCCCCAGGCUACAGUCCAGUGAAGUGGGACUGCCCAUGGUGUAAAGCAAUGAAUUUUUCUUGGUGCACGGCCUGCUAUAAAUGCGGGAAAGUCAGUAUGCCUGUUGAGAGUGGAGGCCUUGACCCAGGACAAACUCAUUGA